AUGAGCUCCGUCGGAGCGGGUGCAGCGGCCGCUGGCCGCGGUAACAGGAACAUGGCUUCUGCCGAACAGGACUACCAAGUUAUCCUGCCAACGCUUCCAACAGGUACAACAAUUUUGAAUACUGCUUUUUUGCACGCCGAUGUGACCAUGAGGCCAUACCGUCUGGAACAUUUUCGUGACGCCCUGGUUGGCCUGGCGCUGCUCCCCGAGGUGCUCGCCUUGGGGGCGUACCAGUACAACCACGUUUGGGCCGUCACCUUCAAGAGUGUCGAGGGCAAGAAAAAACUGCUCGCCGCCGGGGAUUUCACAGUCAAGGAAGGACGGUGCGUCGUUGUCGACCCAAGCAACCAGGACACGCGGCUGAAGCUCCACUGGCUGCUGCACCACGUCCCGGACGACGAAGUACGAGUGGCCUUGGCGCCCUACGGAAAGGUGACGGAAGUCGCCAGAGACGUGUGGCGGGCCCAGGGGUGCGCCGGCAUGUUGUCCACGACGCGCUCUGUGUCCAUCAGGCUUAAGGCCGGACUCACCGUUGACUCCCUCCCUCAUCAGCUGCGCGUCGCUGGGGACCUGGCGCUCGUGGUUGUACCGGGCAGGGCGCCGCUGUGCCUUCGGUGCCGAGGGAAAGGCCACAUUCGUCGAGAGUGUCGUGUGCCGCGUUGUGCUCUCUGUCGGCGCUUCGGCCACGAAGACAGCCAGUGCAUAAGGACGUACGCUAGCGUCACGGGGCCCGUGGGGAAUGAGGACACGUCCGAGCUACUCAUGGAUGUGGUCGAGUCCCAAGAAGCAGCCGGAGGCGAAGGUGGCGAGCCUCCUACAGAGGCGACGCCCACCGGGCUUUCUGCCGGGGACAGAGCCGACAGCGGGAACGACGCCCUGGUUGGCCUGGCGCUGCUCCCCGAGGUGGUCGCCUUGGGGGCGUACCAGUACAACCACGUUUGGGCCGUCACCUUCAAGAGUGUCGAGGGCAAGAAAAAACUGCUCGCCGCCGGGGAUUUCACAGUCAAGGAAGGACGGUGCGUCGUUGUCGACCCAAGCAACCAGGACACGCGGCUGAAGCUCCACUGGCUGCUGCACCACGUCCCGGACGACGAAGUGCGAGUGGCCUUGGCGCCCUACGGAAAGGUGACGGAAGUCGCCAGAGACGUGUGGCGGGCCCAGGGGUGCGCCGGCAUGUUGUCCACGACGCGCUCGGUGUCCAUCAGGCUCAAGGCCGGACUCACCGUGGACUCCCUCCCUCAUCAGCUGCGCGUCGCUGGGGACCUGGCGCUCGUGGUUGUACCGGGCAGGGCGCCGCUCUGCCUUCGGUGCCGAGGGAAAGGCCACAUUCGUCGAGAGUGUCGUGUGCCGCGUUGUGCUCUCUGUCGGCGCUUCGGCCACGAAGACAGCCAGUGCAUAAGGACGUACGCUAGCGUCACGGGGCCCGUGGGGAAUGAAGACACGUCCGAGCUACUCAUGGAUGUGGUCGAGUCCCAAGAAGCAGCCGGAGGCGAAGGUGGCGAGCCUCCUACAGAGGCGACGCCCACCGGGCUUUCCGCCGGGGACAGAGCCGACAGCGGGAACGACGCCGCCCCGAAAAGCGACUCCUGUGCGUCGGGCAAGCCCCAAGCCUAA